GCCAUAAACAACAAUAAGAAGACAAAACGAACCAGCAACGCGACCUCUAAACGCUUAAAGACCUCUCCUUUCCUCAAAAAAAUCUCCCCCAUAAAUAAAUAAAUCUUCAAACACAGAGAGAUAAACAAACCCAUCGAUUCUUCUGGAAAUAAAGCUCUUUGCAGCUGUUGUGAAAGAUGAUGUUUUUACACAGCAGUGUUAGACAUGGUUUGUCAUUGUCUCUUGGUGUCAUCAGUGUUAUCAGUUGGGGUGUUGCCGAGAUACCACAGAUUAUGACUAACUUCUGUGAGAAAUCCACUGAAGGUCUCUCUAUUGCCUUCUUAACAACUUGGAUCAUUGGAGAUAUCUUCAAUCUUCUUGGAUGCUUGAUGGAACCAGCUACUCUUCCAACACAGUUCUACAUGGCAUUGUUGUAUACAGUGACUACAUCAGUUCUCUUUGUUCAAUCUAUUUAUUACGGCCAUAUCUACCCACGGUUGAAAAACAGAAGAAACCAGAUGGUUGAAGCAGAACGGAUAUCAAACAUAUGCAAUGAUGCGAAGAUUCCGAGCAGAUGGAGGAAUAGCUGCUCUGAUGCUACUACUCCUUGUGGCGUUCAAACCACACCUAUCACCAUGAUUCCUGGGAGUCACCGGACUAGUUUCACCGGAAGAGAGCUGUUCUACACGUCGGCAAGAUCUUUGUCGAGUAGUCAUACACCACCAGCUGGAUCUGUACUAGCUCAGAGAAUGGCUCGUGGACAAAGUGAACCAACUCUUGAAGAGCCUUUGCUUCCUGAUGACGCCACGCCUCCUUCAAUGCCUCCUUCCACCAAAUCUUUGCUAUGCGUGGUCUCAGUGUUCAUGUUUCUUGGAACGUUCAACCUCUCUAGCUUGCUUAGUGAGCCAAGAACUAUGGCUUUGGGAGAGAGUGAUCGAGUAUUUGUGGUUCAAGCAGCAAGAAAGCUUUUGCAGGUCACUAGUGGCAACUUAGCAGAACAUAACGGUGGAGAAAACAGCAAGAUUGGGAUGUGGUUGGGUUGGGCAAUGGCAUUCAUUUACAUGGGUGGAAGGCUUCCUCAGAUAUGUCUCAACAUGAGGAGAGGACAUGUUGAGGGAUUGAAUCCAUUGAUGUUCUUCUUUGCUUUAGUUGGCAAUAUGACUUAUGUAGGAAGUAUCCUUGUGGCCAGUGUUGAAUGGUCAAAGAUUGCACCGAAUCUACCAUGGCUUGUUGAUGCAGGAGGAUGUGUUAUUCUCGAUUUUCUUAUUCUGCUUCAGUUCUUCCACUUCCGGUGUCGCAAAGACACAGAUUCUGACAAGAAGUAUGAAACAGCAGAAGUUGUUUAAGGCUUGGCUACUCACACUCCCAGACAUGGAUGCCUUGAACAGAUACAGUUUUGGAUUCUGAUCUGACCAAUCAAGAUUCAUCUCAUUCUAUUUUUUUAUAUAUUCUUUUACACAACAUUCAAAAUUUUGUGCUGAUAAACAACUACUUGCUUGUUCUGAGUUUUAAAUAAUAUUAGAUGUUUUAUGGUUUCAAAUU